CUGACCACGCAGGACUCCUGGGAUGCCAAAGUGGUGAGGCCAGAGAAGGGGAACCUCCUGGCUUGCCAGGAGCCCCAGCAGACAGAGACGGGGAACAGCAAUACGAACUUGACCCACAGCAAUCCAGACAGGGGGGGCUUCCAGGAACCCACAGUGGAGGGACCAGAGAGGGUAAAUGCAUGGAUGGGUGUUUUUGGUGAAUCUUGACCAUUUGUGUAUUUUAGGGGACUGAAUAUUAGUGUUUUGGUGGUUUAUAUGGGCACCAGGUGCCCGGUGACUUCUAGGGAUGGACUUGGAGAGUAGGAAACCCCUAACCCAAAGUGCUCAUCCAUUGCAUUUUCUGAAACCAGGAUUUCUGAUUCCUAAACUUUGGCUGGAUGGAGAAGGAGGCUGUGAGGAAGAGGAAGAUGCUCCAGGACACCCAGGCAGACAAGGAGCUGAGGAUGGAGAGCAGGGAGGACAAAAGUCUGCCGGAGAACCUCGUGGAAGAGGCAAUUUUGAGCAGCUCCACAAUGCAGGAAUCCAACAGGGAGGAAAAUCCCCAGAGAUCUCACAGGAGGAGGGGCUCCAAACCCAUCCCAGGGUGCUCUGAGGAGGAAAGACCCACCCUGUGCCGGGAAGGCGGCCGGAGAUCCAGCCGGGGCUCUGAGCUGGUGAUCCAUGACCAGCUUCAGGAUGGGGAGAAGCCCUACAAGUGCUUGGAGUGUGGGAAGAGCUUCAGCCAGAGCAACAGCCUGAUCAGCCACCAGAUGAUCCACACUGGGGAAUGGCCCUAUCAGUGUGGGGAGU